AUGAACAGACUGAAGGUGGGGCUGACACUUGUUCGACAUGGAGAAACCCAUUACAACAAACUGGGUCUUCUUCAAGGUCAAACUAUCGAUGCGCCUUUGUCUGACGUCGGGCUGCAGCAGGCGGAGGCUGCUGGUCACUACCUGAAAGAUGUGGCGUUCACUAACGUGUUUGUCAGUGACAUGCUGCGAGCCAAACAGACAGCUGAAACAAUUAUGAAACACAACAGCAGCUGCUGUGGUCUGCAGAUGGUCUGUGACCCCUUACUCAAAGAGAUAAACUUUGGAAUAGCAGAGGGAGGACGAAUGCAGGACGUUAAAGAAAUGGCCAGAGCAGCAGGUCAGACGUUUCCAGGCUUCACUCCACCAGAAGGAGAGACUGAGGAGCAGGUGAAGGAACGAGUCAGAGCGUUUGUGGAGAAAAUGCUGCAGCAGAUCAGCGAACAACACUGGGGUCUCGGAGGAGGGGAGGAACCCCUCUCCACCGCAGUGGAGGGGAAACCAGACGAUGGGGUGCGGGGCUUUCCAGUGCACGUUCUGGUGGUGACACACGGAGCCUACAUGUGUGUGGCGGCGCGUUACUUUGUGGAGGAGUUACAGUGUUCUCUGCCUCCGGGUUGUGACAGAACUCACAUGUUCUCACUGAGUCCAAACACUGGUCUGUGUAGGUUUAUACUGACCGUGAGGGAAGGCGAUGGGGACCAGAGGUUCGUACCAUCAGACUUCCACUGUGUGUUCGUCCACAGGGGAGACCAUGUGAAAAAGUGAGACCAUAGAAAGGUGUACGAUGGGCAGACAGAUUUUAGGGUGUAGGACACACAGGUAUGGGCCGCGUAGCAAAACCACAGACAAGACAAACCCUGACCAUACCAUAUUUUUACAAACUGGUACAAGUAUUUGUAUAGUGAGUAACGUUACCAAAAAUGUCUUUAAGUUCAAUGAACUGGUAGGAUGUGUUGUAUGCUGUAGGUACCACAGCUCUGUUGGUUAAAACUCUCCAUAGUUACAACCAGGUGGGCAGAGCUUUGGCACCAAUAGAACAUUUCAAUGGAAAACGCUCUCCUGAGUCCAGCGUUAGAUAAACUGAGGAGCACGAUUUACGAAUCUCAAUAAACAAAUUGAUGCAUAUGUACUGU